AUGGAGCCUCCGCCCGAGCCCCACACCAUCGCCGCCGCUCGCAGCGAACAAAGAAUAAUGGCGGCGGACUGGAGCCAGCGGCGGCCGGGGCGGCAGCGACUCUGCCUGCAGCCAGCGGCGGCGCUCAUGGCGGGGGGCGGCGGGGCGGCGGGGCGGCGGGCGGGGUGGGAGCCGGCGACCGGGGGUGUGUGCGGGCGGGCGGCCGGCCGCGGCGAGCUGGCGCCCGCGUUCCCGCCGCCGCCGGGCCGGGCGCGGAGCCGGGAGCCCGGAGCCGCCCCGGGGGAGGCCGCCCGCCGGCCCGGCCGGCUCUGCCCCCUGCGCCGCCUGCCCGGCCCCCGCCGACAGUCUCGCCCCCCGACCCGGCCCGCAGUCCGUCGGGGUAGCGCCGCCGGGGUGCCCGAGGGGGGUGGAGGAGGAAGAAGAAGGCGACAGUUGAGGGCAGAGGAGGUGAAGGUGCCUGCCUUCCCGGUAGCCUUCGUGUCUGCCAUGCCCGCCUAG